AUGUCUAAUCGCGAAAGGACCUUCAUAGCUGUAAAGCCGGAUGGAGUCCAACGAGGACUGGUGCAUGACGUUUUGAAGCGAUUCGAGCAGCGUGGAUAUAAGUUGGUUGCCAUGAAGAUGAUUCCUUCCGAUGAACUUCUAACGAAACAUUAUGCCGAGCAUGUAGGAAAGCCGUUUUUCGAACCUCUCAAGGCGUACAUGAGAUCUGGCCCUGUGGUAGCUAUGGUGUGGGAGGGAACAGAGAUUAUAAAAGCGUCGCGGUCAAUGCUCGGUGCGACGAAGCCAUUGGAAAGUCAGCCUGGCACGUUGCGUGGGGAUUUCUGUAUUGAUGUUGGAAGGAAUCUGGUACAUGGCAGCGAUUCAUUAACUUCUGCUGAACGGGAAAUCAACUUGUGGUUCAAACCAGAAGAGAUCUGCCAAUGGAAUCGAUCUCUAGAUCCAUGGUCGUAUGAGAAAUGA